UUGACCACCCCGGGGCGCGUGGAGGGACUGUUGCUGUUUGACCACCCCGGGGCGUGUGGAGGGUCUGUUGCUGUUUGACCACCCCGGGGCGCGUGGAGGGCCUGUUGCUGUUUGACCACCCCGGGGCCCCGUGGCCUCUGUGCGACGGGUGGCUCGCUCCGCCGUUCCCAGAAAUCAACACCGGGUGGGGGGGGGGUCCCACGGCCAGAAAGACGUGACCGUCAGCCAAGUGGGAUUAUAAAGUCGGAGAGCAAUCGGCGUCUCGGCCCGGAGCGCGAUGUGGGGGCGGUGUGCGAUGGAUGGCUCGUGAUCAAGCGGUACCCCCGCCCCCCGACACAUUGACCGCAGUUCCCCAGGUCGCUGCUGCGGUGGUGGUCUGGCUGCUGCGGUAAAGAGUCUCGGCACGCACCGUUUGACGGAUGUCAAGGGCCCUCCGACGCACCACAUGUCCUGCGGCCAGUCGCCGUACACGGAGCGAGGCGACUGGAGCCAGCGCUUCUGCAUCCUCUCCGACAGCGAGAUGCUCCUGCUGGAGCGGGAGGAGAUCCGCCCGGAGCUGCUGCAUGAGCUGCGCUCCGAGUCGUGCAAAGGGCGCAUCCUGCGUCGCGCCAUCAGCGUGCCCACCGACAGCCCCAUCAUCGUGCGUCCCGCCGACGUGGACACGGAUUCCCCCGAGCCGCGCACGGGCCGACGACUCGUGGUGCCAGGCGGCGCCAUGACGGAGAACGGAAACCCCGACGACACGCCCACCUCCUCCAAGGGGCUGCUGCGUCUGAGGACGUCGCUGAAGCGCAGGAAAAGCAAGCUGGAGCGUAACGCGAGCUUCCGGCUGCCCAUGCUGCGCACGACGGACGGCGAAAGUAACCGGUCCAACGCGGCGCCACCGCGACUGAAGUCGUCGCGCUCCCACGAGUCGCUGCUGAGCCCCAGCAACGCGGUGGAGGCGCUGGACCUGAGCCUCGAGGACGAGGUCACCAUCCGGCCCGUGCACAGCAGCAUCCUGGGCCAGGACUUCUGUUUUGAGGUGAUCACGUCGAGCGGCAGCAAGUGCUUCUCUUGUCGCUCGGCCGCCGAGCAAGACAAAUGGAUGGAGAACCUGCGGAGGAUCGUGCAACCCAACAAGGACAACAUCCAGAGAGUGGAGAAUGACCUGAAGGUGUGGAUCAUCGAGGCUAAGGAGCUCCCGGCCAAGAAGAAGUACUUCUGUGAGAUCUGCCUGGACGACACGCUCUACGCUCGGACCGCCAGCAAGGCCAAGGUGGACAACCUCUUCUGGGGAGAACAUUUCGAGUUCAGCAACCUGCCGGCGUUCAAGCACAUCAUGGUGCACCUGUACAAGGAUACGGACAAGAAGAAAAAGAAAGAGAAGAGCAGCUACGUGGGGCUAGUCAACAUCUCGGUGGAGGGCGGCACGAGCGGGCGGCAGUUCGUGGAGAAGUGGUACCCUCUGAGCACGCCCAACCCGGGCAAGGGCAAGGGCGCGGUGCCCACAGUGCGCAUCAAGUGGCGGCACCAGCAGCUCAGCAUCCUGCCCAUGGAGCGCUACAAGGAGUUCGCCGAGUUCCUGAGCGCCAGCUGCCUGCCGCUUUGCCUGCUGCUCGAGCCGGCGCUCGGCGUCAAGAGCAAGGAGGAGCUAGCGCGGGCGCUCGUGCGCUUCCUGCACACCACCGGCAGGGUCAAGGAGUUUCUGGCGGAGCUGGUGAUCGCGGAGGUGACGCGAUGCAGCGAGAACGAGCACCUGCUUUUCCGGGAGAACACACUCGCCACCAAGGCCAUCGAGGAGUACCUCAAGAUGGUGGGCCAGUGGUACCUGCACGACGCCCUCGGCGAGUUCGUGCGAGCGCUUUACGACUCUGACGAGAACUGCGAGGUGGAGCUGAGCAAGUGCUCAUCCGCAGAGCUGGCUGACCACCGCAACAACCUGCGCAUGUGCUGCGAGCUGGCCUUCUGCAAGAUCCUCUCCUCCUGCUGCGUGUUCCCCGCCGAGCUGCGGGACGUCUUCUCGUCGUGGAGGAGGCUGUGCGAGGCGCGGGGCCGAGCGGAGAUCAGCGAGCGGCUCAUCAGCGCGUCGCUCUUCCUGCGCUUCCUGUGCCCGGCCAUCAUGUCCCCCAGCCUCUUCGGGCUGAGCCAGGAGUACCCCGACGAGCGCACGGCGCGCACCCUCACGCUCAUCGCCAAGGUCGUCCAGAACCUCGCCAACUUCACCAAGUUCGGAAACAAGGAGGACUACAUGACGUUCAUGAACGGCUUCCUGGAGCAAGAGUGGGGCCGCAUGAAGCAGUUCCUGGGAGAGAUUUCCAGCGAGGAAUCCAGCCCGAGCGCAGCGACCUUUGAGGGAUUCAUCGAUCUGGGCCGGGAGCUCUCCACCCUGCACUCUCUGCUCUCCGAGAUCCUCCUGCCAGAGAAGGGAGAGAACCCGGCGGUGCAUGCCGCCAAGGCCCAGCUGGACCCACUGCCGCGUAUCCUGCGCGAGAUCAAUGAGGCCUUGAUGAACAGGCCUCAGCCCUUGCAGCAAGUGAACCGGCGGAGCGCAGCGCGGCGCAGCAACGGCCUGCAGCAGCGCUCCUCCGACAAGCUCGGCCUGCCCGUUGCCGAUGCAGUGACGAGGCUGCCCACACCCACCCACUCAAACGAGGAGAUGUACUUCCUCACCAAAGCAGGGGGGGCGGCGGCGCAGGGCGGCCCCGCUCGCAGCCUCAGCUACACGGAGAGGGACGCGGAGGAGCACGAGCCCUCCCCGUGGAGGGGACGCAACAGCGGCUCCAUGCUCGAGCUGCCCACGGUGCAGAGCUGCGGCAGCCACACCAACCUGCUGGAGCAGUCGUCGGGAAGCCAGUACUCCAUAGGGCACCUCUCCAACGCCAAGCGGCCUCGCAUCGCGCAGAGCGGCAGCCAGACAAGCACGCAGGAGCACCCCCGCUAUCCCGCCUCGGGCCAGAGCAGCCCGCAGCCCACACACGCCGGCUUCGGCCUGACCGCGAAGCAGGAGCAGCAGAGAUUCCCCAAGCAGGCCGCGACCGUCGGCGUCCCGUCGCAGCAGAACUUCCUGUCCCCGGGAGGCCCCACCGGCGUCCAGCCCCAGCGGCCGAUGCUGAUCAGCGGCAGCCGCUCCCUCGACCUGCCCCCGAGCCGAUUGCAGCCGCUGUCCUUCCACAACCCCAUGUACCAGUUCGGCAGCGACAGCCCGCCGCCGCAGCGAAAGCGGGACUCGGGUUCGGAGUACCUGAGCUCGCUGAGCUCCCGCAGCCCCAGCGGCGAGCACGUGUGCAAGCACAGCCUGCACAGCCACAGCAGCAGCGACGAGCUGAGCAAGCAGCAUGGGGCGGCGCUCACCGUCUUCAACGCGCACCGCCAAAACAGCGGCGCCGGUGGUGGCGGUGGUGGCGGCGGGCACCUGUGGGUGGAGCAGCAGGGAGAGAGGGCGUCCUCUAGGCAGAACACGCUGGCUGUGCAGCCUGGCUUUGGCGUGCCCAGACAGAACAGCGCCGAACUGCACCCGGAGUACGGCUUGCCGAGACAGGGCAGCACUUCGAUGCAGCCAGAUUACGCCUCUUCCAGGCAAAACAGUGUCGGGCUGCAUGCCGAAUACGGGUUGCCGCGACAGAGCAGCUUACAGCCAGAUUAUGGCGUGCCAAGGCAGAACAGUGCAGGAUUGCUGCAGGAAUAUGGUCUGCCCAGACAGAACAGCGCCGCACUGCAGACGGACUAUCCCAUGUCGCGGCAAGAAAGUAUGGGGUUACAUCCAGAUUAUAUACCGCCGAGGCAAAACAGCGUGGGAUUCCACGGUGACUUUAGUUCCACGAGGCAGAACAGUACUUGCUUGCAGCCCGAUUUUGCUGGGUCGCGACAGAAUAGCGUGGGGCUGCACCCCGAUUUCGCAUCGUCGAGGCAGAACAGCGUCGGGAUGCAUUCCGACUUUGCUUUGCCCAGGCAGAGCAGUUUGGGCAUCCAGGGUGACCUGGCGGUGCCCAGACAGAACAGCGUGGGGCACUCCGCUUGGAUGGACCAAGGGGGCAUGCUGACUCCGAGGCAAAACAGCACGUCCAAGCCGACGGACCAAGGGGGGCGGCUCACGCCGAGGCAAAACAGCGGAGCGCAGCAAACGGAGCUAGGAGGCCCGACGAGGCAAAACAGCGUGGGCAUGCAGCAGGAUGCAGGCAUGCCCAAGCAGCAGAGUGGGGGGGGGCACCUGUGGUGGGACCAGGCGGGCAACGGGGCGCGCAGAAAGACCAUGCAGCUCAACCUGUCGAUGGGAGGGCAGCAGUCGGGCGCCGGCAACAACAACAACAACCCCGGUUUGAUGCCGGGUGCGGACGCGAUGCCGGUGGGUGGCGGUGGGCCCUCUCGCCAGCACUCGGCGGCGUCCCAGAGGGAGCGAGACACGGAGGCGCAGGCAGCCAUGCGUGCGCAGCAGUCACUCGACGGAGCCCUGUCCCCCGACGAGCGCACGGCCGCUUGGCUCAUCAACAUGCUCAACCUGGAGGACGAUGCCGACAAGCUGGAGCAGCUGCGCGAGAGCCGGGAAUCCAGCGAGAAGUACGAACAGGAGAUAGGGCGCCUGACCGACCGGCUGGUGAGCGCAAGCCGGCGUCUCGAGGAGUACGAGCGGCGCCUGCGGCGGCAGGAAGAUCAGAUGCGGCGCAUGCAGCAGGAGUACCAGAGUCGCCUGGAGGAGAGCGAGGAGCGGCUGCGGCGCCAGCAGGACGAGAAGGACUCGCAGAUGAGGGCCAUCAUCGGCAGGCUGAUGGUGGUAGAAGACCGGCUGAAGCGAGACUGUGCCGAUGUGCAAGCAGACUUGGAAAACAAGCAGCGGUGUAUGGAGUUUUGGCUGCACACACAGUGGCAACGCAAGUGCUGUUCGCAAGUUCCUCGUAAACCACCGAUGAUGGCCAUGGUUCCAGUUAUUCCUGUUAUCAAUAAAAGACAAGCAAAUCAUUUCGAUAAACAUGGCCAACCGGCGGCUGGUGGACGCCGUGACCCAGCUGAAGGAGCGCUGCCACAUGCAGAGCCGUAACGGCCUGUCCCCCGCCGCAGCCAACCCACCGCGCCUCUCCAUCACGGAGACGGGAGAGUUCCGCAACAGCAGCUGCUAGCGCAACCCUCGGCACGCGCACGCGCGCACCACGGGACACAAGAGUCAAAGAAAACCUUGUGCUCGGCAAAGAUUGGAAAAGUUUGUGUGUUUUUGCAGUGUUCUCUUUCUUGUUGUUGAUGUUUUCUUCUUCUUCCUAAAAUUAUAAACAUUCCAAUUGGACUUCCUCCUUUUUGAAAAUGCGUCCAUUAUCAUUGCAAAGUUAACAGCACGAGAGAGAGGAGGGAGAGGGAGCAGAGGAAUGAGUGGGCUGGAACCAUCUCAUGUGGACACUCGGGCUACAGGAAGUCGACUGACAGUGCCGCCCUCUUGGCGACACCUCGCACCUUCACUCCAGAAGAAGGAGGAAGCCUCCGAUGCCGCCGAUGGUGCAAAACGAGGUGACGGGCUCAGACACAGAGCACCGACGAGGGUUCACGCACCAACCACUCAGGAACACAAGUAUGAGGGAUCAGCAAUAACCAGUGCUGGCUUCGAAUAUUUGAAUUCCUAAAUGCAAAUAUAACCAAGCAUCUCAAUUUGUGUAAAUGUUGCAAAGUUCAGAAAGUCAACUGCUGAAUACUGUAUGUGAAUUCGAUUUUUUUUGAAUGUUCAUCCAUAGAUUUCAAACGUGUUAAAACCGGUAGGAUGCAUGCGAUUCUAAUCUCCUAAGUUACGGAAAAUGUGCGACGGAGUUAAAUACAAACAUUCAAAUGUUAUUGUGACGGGAAUCUGGCGUGGCUUCAUUGACAGCUAUUUGUACGUGUGCUACGCUGGUGGUGGCGUACGCGUGGGCUUGGGGUAUUAUGUGAAACGUGAACCAAGGCCUCUCCAGAACGUGCGUGCACUGAAGCUCACCGCCAGCUACCAACACUGUCGUGUUGUGUUUAAACGUUAUACAAGCAAUUGUAUUAUUUCAUGUGUUGCGUCAGUGUAGCUCGUCAAAUAGCCACACUAAAACAGAAUGAUUACAGAAUGAGAUGAAACUUAAACUUACAUGACAACUAUUAUGUAACUACUAAAUAGUAAUAACGUAUUCUAUUUCUGACAGUGAACACAAAUUAUUGGACUGGAAUCAAGUGCAGUGUCCGAUAAGUUAAACAGACCAGUUGUUAACUAACACAUGCCGAGAGUUGCUAUUAAAAUUUUGAUGGAGGGACAUUCCUGUGUGGCACAGCAGUCUGUGUCGGCAGAGCCAAUGUUUAAAUACAAGGUUCAUCACUUGCCAGAAUUUGCCAUCCAUGGGCAUAUGGGUGACACUACUAAACUUUUGGUUUGAGUGCCUGCUUUAUUAGGGUAUUUAAUAAACAGGGUGAUAUCUAGCACGACUUAGCACAGCUAGUAAUAGGCAUAAGCACAAAUGCUUUGGACACACGUGCGUGAGAUCUGGAUGUCUUCGUUGCUUCUAGAAAAACAGACCAAACAGAUUAGGCUAUUGCCUUCUGGCGCCAAGGGACCGGCUCCAGACGUGACUGUGGCAUUGAUGUCAUGGAAAUUCCUCCACAAAAAAACCUGAAUGAUUGAACAAAUAAAUUGGUAGAUUAAACAAGACUGGGCUGUGUGUCCCUGUAGGUCUUAGAGCUUCGAUUGACAAUGACAUGAGACAAUAAAAGGGUUUUUUAAUUCCACGUAGAAACAAGAGUCAGCAUUCAAGACCAGUACAGACAAUCUCAUAAAUCAGUGCGACCUCCAUUCAAUUUUGAAAUGUAUGUUAAUGUAACUACACUGUUUAAUGUAAAUUGUCUAUUUUACCUUUUUUAGCUUCUUUAAUCAAUUAAGCCUACCAUCUUUAAGAACACAAAGUAGACUUUAUUCAGACACAUCUAUUAACAAUUUGCACUCAAUUUUAUCUCGUGUCCCUAUUGAUUUGUGUCUGUUCUAUGGUCGAGGCCUAAGCACAGGUGGUCAUCUUUGGCCUUUGUCAUGGGGCUCUGCUUGGUGUUGAUUUCAUCAGCAACGAAGGCACAGGAACGGUGAUGAACCGCAACCCGCGAACGCGUCUUGUCCUUCCCCCACACCUCCGAUUAGCACGGUUGGCUACGCAUUGUGCGGAACAAGUUCAACACACACACGACGCGCGUUGCUUACUGCCCAUUGCUGCCAUAGGUAUGCAUUUGAGACUAUGCCAAACUUAUUUUGCUGAAAAUUGAGUUUUAAGUUUACAUUCUAAUGGUGUUUCCCUUUGGGGUCGAGAUUGUUCACCAGACGUUGUGCCGCCCAUCGCUCAAUCUAAAGUCGAGUUGCAAUCAGUAAGAACUUAGCCACAUGAGACCACAACUUCCCUCGCGUCCCUCAUCCCGCUGCUCAACUCUCCUGUCUCGACAUUUGGCAUUGCCCUCAGUCAUGUGCGCUGGGUCAACAACGCUAAAGAGGUCACUGCAGCUAGGGCCGAUGAUGUUACCGCUGUUGCUCCUGCUCCUGCAACGUAGGCCCCGCGGCCUCAUUAAUAAUUAAUCAAAUGCUCGUGUGCAGUCCCAAGUGUUGCAUUUACCCAUGCAGAAAAAACAUUAAACAUAGCCUUUUUGGCUAUCAUCUCUAUUCUUCAUUAAAUAGCCCAAAUUGAUAAUCAUCUCAGGAAAACAUACAUAUGACUUGCUGCAUUAUACAUUUUUUAUUUUAUAUGUUGCUUCAAUUCAAAGUGGCAUUAUUUCAAAAUUACCAUCAUGCAUGUAUUGUUCCUUUUUCAAAAUUACCCGUGUGCUUCUACUAUCACAAUGGAGCCACCUACUGGUAGUUUAUUGCAUUGCGACCACGGAUAUCGUAGUAGCAAUGCAUUUAAAAUUAAGGCAUGAGUGCGCAUGCCUCUAUCUUUAGAUAGAGUACGGGGCGAUGUGCACGGGGCGAUGUCUGCGUCGCCCAUUUACCGUAUCGGUGCGGCAAGGCCAGCCACCUUCCGUCAACGCUGCCUCGUGCCGCAAAGUCUAUCCCCCACGGGUCUGGUUUUCUGGGGCCCUUUGUAAUGCCAUUUCAAAAAAUGACGCCCACCUCCUGUUGAGUCCAUCGGUGUUUUUCAGGACGAAAUCUAUAUUACAUUGAAUAUCUGUACAGCGUGUAUUUUAAGCUGUCAACUGAACAACACCACACAUAAGAAAAAUUGGUACAGCCAUUGAUCUGUUGUGUUUCUUCCAAAACAUGACUUUUUACAGGGUUUUGGUUUGAAUCGUAAAGUACAAGUAGGCUGUUGUAUCAUAGAGUUGGUUGGGCCCGAGUGGUGGAGUAGAGCUUAUGGUAGUCAUGCUUGCAAUAUCGUUGUUUUACUUUUACCUUAAACUGUUCACACGGGUUGUCCGUGAAGUGGCCUACUGUGUUGAUUCGAUGCCCUAGGCUACCACGUGCUCCCCAAAGUCAGCUCUGACUUCGUCUUUGUUCACACUGUGCCUUAUUCAGCAUUGCUAAAUCAUUUCUUAUGUAUACUCACAUGGCCUACGCAUAUAUUUUUUACACUUUGAUUUACUGAAUAAUUUACAGAACGGACAAGUGCAUGUUCCAUGCAGUGGAAAUGCAGUCAAUCUCUUGACCAUGACUGUCGUAUUUAUGUGAAUUGUAUACAGUGUAAUAUAAAGCAGUGUAUUUUAAGCAUCGUCUUCUAGAUAUGAAGACACUUGUAGGCUUAAUGAAACGAUGGACAUUUCCGCUUUCCCACCGUUUUCAACUAAUCUAUGAAGAUGCAUGGUCUAUGAUUGGAAACAUCAAGUACAUUUGACCAGCCGCUGGUUAAUAAUUGGUCAUAUUUGUUGGCAAUGUAAUGCAACAGAGUAAAUAAAUGUACAGUUCAUUUAAAGUAUGCCAAUAACCAAAAUUAGAUGUGAAAUGCUAAUGGCUAUUAUAGCAGUUCACUGAAGCAACAACUUUUACACGUUGCAUCAACAUUUAUUUCCUUUUAAUCAGAAAUAGCACAUAUACAAGUAUUUACGGAGUGUGUAGUAUACCCCAGGUGGAAAGUUUUCAUGAAUUGGUAAUAUGAGAACCAUUGACGCUGAAAUAUUUGUUGAUAAAACCCCUUUAGCUGAGCGAUGAUGGAGACAAGAAUAUGAUUUGUGGUUUAUGAACAAACCAACAGAGGGCAGCUCAACUUGGGUCAUUCUAUACGGAACAUUGGAGAGAGAGAAAAUGGUCAGUGCUGUUAGAGUUAUGGUAAACAAUACAUUAUUUGAACAAGCCCUCACCUUACGCUCUGGAUCGGCCUUCAAACGUAAAGUUGAUGCAUGCGGAGUGCAAGGCCGGCUGUCUUGGUCCUGUGAAGGACCGUGUCGUGAACACGUUUGGCCCUUCGUGAUUGUCAGAGCAGCAAGAGGCCAUUUCGGCCGUCUUGCCGCAGGGAGGACCACGUGUGGGGUUGUCAUCGUCUCCCCAGGGUAAACAAUAGGAAAUGAGCAAUACACAGUAAACACCUACAUAAUCUAAAACAAACUAAAAUAGAGAAUGUAUAAGUUACGGAAUAUCAUCCAAGAAGUAGUGUUUACACAAUUAUUUGCGAAGAACGAUGGGACGUCGGCGAAUAACAAAAACAAGGCUUCGCAUUCUCUCUGCAUAAUUGUGAAUCUUUAUCAAAUAAUUCUCCAAGCUGCAUUAUCACAGCUUGCUCCGUGAUGAGUGAACAGGAAGUGACGCGAAUCACAACCCUCAUCCUUCAAUCCGCAUUUUAUCAGAGAAGGGAUCGUUAAAGGGAAUGAUGACUAACGGGUGAAAGGACGUCGCUUUUCCUUCUGAUAAAGAGGCUUGCAGAUUCCACUGCAUUAUGUUCAGCAAGAUUACUCAAACGAUGGCGGUUUUCUUGUACGUGCAACCGUGCUGAUGUAAAUGGUUUUCGUGUGGGAGGGACAGCGAUUGCCUAAAAUCGCAAAUCUCAAAAAUAAGCUUAAUUUCUCUGUGUGCCUGUGUUUGUCGGGUCAGGUCAGUGUACCACUCCUUGAGAAGAGAAUGCUCGUCGGACGCGUAAUCCAACAACGUCCUGCUAAAGGUUGUGCAACGCGAAUGCAUGGUUAUUAAGAGUGCGCUGGCUCGUAAAAGGAAGCAACACUGCAGGAAAAAGUCGGUGGGAGUAAAGUACAAUGACAACCUUGACGUUAAAUCACGCACAGCACUGCGACAUUUUAAACCCGUGAAUGCAUUUAGCAGCCAAACGUAGUGACCCGCAGCAUGCCGCCCGCUGUGGCCGUAACAAAAUGCUUCUUCAGUUAUGCAUCCGUGCAAAUCGUGGAAGUUGUUUACCGUUCUUCCAUCGCUUCCACGUCGUAUUUGCUUGCUCGACAAUACGUGGCAAGGAAAGAGGCAUGUUGGCUCAGAGCUGAGAGCACGCGUGAACGUGCACGGAGGCCUUCAAGUUAUCACUGUUUGGAAACUACUGAUAGGAAUUGCAAAAAAAAAUCCCCGAUGACUAAUAUUUAGAGCGUCAGCAUUAAAAGUUAUCUGGUUUAAUUUCUUGAAAUUGUUCUAUUACACUGUAAAGAUUUGUUUUUUUGAUAUGUAUAAUUAUGAACAAUUUGCCAGUGAAUGCAUUCAACUUAAAAAAAAAACUUUCCAUUUCUUGAACCAUUAAAAUACCGCACCAGAAUAAACUUACAAAACUUGGCAAAUAUCAACUUUCGUUUUAAUGAUCUGAAUAUAUGCAGAGGAAAGCUGAUGAUUUUCAGUUCUUAUGAAACAAUAUUUUCUUUAUACGCAUUUAAAAUGUACAUGUAUUUUUCAAAAUGUUCUAGUGCUUUGACGAAAGAGGUCCCCCUGUACUUUAAGCAAUGCUUCAGUAGCAUUGUAAUCACUGGGCCUGAAUGCCCAACUGAGGUUGAUUUGGCUGGCAACGCUCCAUAGAGCCCUGCACCCAUAAAGUGACGUUAGCCCACCCGUGCCAUCUGCUUGCAGUCACUAAAAGCAUCUCCCGAUGGUGCUUGCAAAAGAGAAACCUUCGUUUUAGAGUUUGGACAGUUAAUUGUCAACACUUGAGAUAAAUUCCCGCAGCUGCUUAAUAUCGGUGGUGGAAAAUAGGGUUCGGUUUCAUCACACGCAUUGUCUGCCAAAUGAGAUUCAAGUAGCUAAACCAUUGUAACUUAAUCGAUUGUACUUGAGUGCGGAACAGGCAAAGCAAAACUUGGCUCCUCUCAAUGUGCCAUCCCAGGCACAACCACACGCCAUCUGCGGCGCCCCCAACCCACGUGUCACACUGGACAUCGUCACACAUGAACCAGGAUUGUGAAUUGGUGUUUCUUGGUAGGCUGGACUGGAAGAUAAGCACUUAUAACUUUCAGAAACAGCUGCACCGUUAUGUAACCCGUAGUUGGUGUCCUUUUUUGCAAAUGGAUCAGUUAUCCCUUUUAUAUAAUAAUGUUGGCAAAAUGUAUGAGUUUUUAUAAACAGUAGUGUGGUUUUUCAGAACAGCAUAUUUAUUAAUGGUAUCAAUAUAUUGGAACUAAAAGACGCAUAGCAGUGGUUUUUCAUUUUCUGAGAGCUUACACAAGUUACAUUUAUGAACACACCUAUAUACCAAUCUGAUACAUUUAAUGAGGUUUAUUGAAAUUUAUAGCACAGUAUAAUGGUAAAUUAUAAGCCGUUUUUUUGUAAAAGUUUGAACUGGAGAUAAAUGUGCAGAGUCCUAGUACUUUUGUAAUCUAACGGAUUAAGUCCGCUAGUUUAAUCUUUGCGGUUUUUACAUUUGUUAUUGGCUUUAAACAGAAUGUUACGUACACUUAGAGUAGCUUUCAACGAGUUAAACGGCGAGCAGCAAACGUGCACGAUGGCCUCAUUUGAACUCUCUCCGGAUAAAGAAACGUGGUAGCUGAUACUUAAUAUCCGAAUGUCAUUCCCAUGUGCAAGUCCAUAUUGAAAGCAACAGUGGUGGAUUAACCGUGUGCAGAGUAAAAAAAUAUAAUCUAGAAAUGUAUAUAUAUUACAUUUCUGCAAAAAGAAACCACCUUUAUCAUCAAAGGGUGCUCUUUGAAAUUGCAAAUACAAUUAUUAAAUUAAUUUGGCAUACGUCAGAAUUCACUCUUCUUCGGCUUCAAGGAGAGAGCCAAUGGUCUAAAGGUGUAAUUACAUAGACGUGUCAGUGAUUCCGUUUAGACUGCCACGCGUGUAUGUUCGGGGCUUUCUGCAUCUAACCACUUGAGAUGUAUACGUACCGACACCUGCAUACGCACAGCAUGAUGGGACACAGGGUAGGUGCUGGAUUCUAUGCUCACUGUGUGUAGAAUGUUUCUAAAACGCUUGACCAGGUAAACUAAAUACAUUAUUAAAAAUAAGAAGAUAAGAAACCCUCUGCAUAAAGAAUACAUACUGCAUAUGCGAUUACGAAGAAAUGAAUACAACCUUAAAACCGAAAGUCAGCAUGUAUGCAGAAGGAAUUGAAUUACUUGCAUACUGGACCUCGCAUUUAAUGAUAGUCAUAUGAUUUCCUGGUGGUUAUUCAAUAACGCCUAACAUUUUACCAUAAUAGAUGCUCUAAAAAAAGUGUAAAGCUAUAAGACCUGUUAACUUUACAGCUGUACAUGUAUAGUACAACGUUGAUUGACCUGCUUACAUAUUUUAUUCGAACCGCUUGAAAUAUAGAGGCCCCUAGCAUAUAUAGCAGAUAUGCAAUUUCAAACGUACUGACACAUACCUUAAAGCCACCGCUCAUAAACCGGUUACCUAAACAUUGCGUGAACCAUGACUGCAGCAGCAAUAAACUGCAAUAACAUCACUCGUCGAAAUCCAGACUGGGAUUUUGUGUAAUGUCAAAUCACAUUGGCAACAUUCCAUUUCGUAGACAACACUGAAUAACUCCAUAGGCGAUUUUAAAAUAAUUGUCACGCUCGGCUCCACUACACAAAGGGAGUUAAACUUAAUCAACGUUGCAUUACACUGACAGCAUUUUCACAUAGUCGGCAUAACUGUGCUCGCUAAUAUACCUAAGGAAAAGACGAGGAUAUGUAUAAGAUUACAUGCAAACUCUUGAGAUGAGAGCAAUGUGGCCCAUGAACUUGGUUGUGGGGGGUGGGGAAACAUUGUUUGUGAAUGUACGUUUGCCUGUGUUAACGUGGCAAUAGAAUAUAUCCAGACAAAGUGAAGCCUUAUUUGAUGACUACGAUAUGUACAGCAUUGGAUCACAGUGUGCGUGCGAAGAUGGGUCAUUUCUAUAACAACCCUUGUACAGCCCUUCUUUAACCUCCUGAAGUAGGUUACAUUGUACAGAACACUUGUUUAAAAUGUUGCUAUCUUUUACUUCUGACGUUGAUUUUAACGGCAAUAAUAGUAUUUAACUCUUAUGCUGCAGAUCAGCACUGGCACAAUGUACAGUACCAGAAUUUAUAUUUCUGCUGAUGGCUGAGUAUGGUAGCAUAAGCACACGUUGACAUGCACUGUAUAUAGCCCCAUGAUGGAACCUUUGGAACUUGUAUGAGCUUGUCAGACGCCACAGAGUACUGCAGGCUUCUGAAAUGCAUUAUCUGGGACUUCCAUUGAGAGCUGGCGAAGCAGCAUCUCGGUAUAGAGAAGGAACGUGCUUUAGAUGAUUUACCUUGCACAUAUGCAAGCGGGUAUGUAUUAAUUUCCCACUUUAUCGAGGUAUGAGAACUUGUACAGAUGUGGUAUACACCGAAUAAAAGUACAUUUAACUUUA